AUGUCUCUCGCCAAACCUGCUGCUAGUAAGCUUGACUGGGCUAAAGUUAUUUCCACUUUGAAAUUAACUGGUAAGACUGCCACCGAAUUGUCCGGCUUCAAAAAGAGAAAUGACGAAGCAAGAAGAGUUUUAUUCGAACUGCAAGCUCAACCAGUUGAUGUCGAUUUCUCCCACUACCGUUCCGUUUUGAAGAAUAGAGCAGUUGUUGACCAAAUCGAACAAUCCGUCAAGGCCUUCAAACCUGUUACCGUUGACGCUUCCAAACAACUAUCUACCAUUGAAGCAUUUGAAGCCCAAGCUUUGAACAACGCAAAGGAAACCGAAACCCUUGUUGCCAAGGAAUUGAAGGAUCUACAAGAGACUCUAAAGAACAUCGAAUCCGCAAGACCAUUUGAUGAUUUGACUGUUGAUGAUUUGGCAAAGGUUAGACCAGAAAUCGAUGCCAAGGUUGAAGAAAUGGUUAAGAAGGGUAAAUGGGAUGUGCCAGGUUACAAGGAGAAAUUUGGCGAUUUGACUGUUAUGUAA